UGGAGACGUGGGGUGCGGCCUAAGGCGGCGGGGACGCCCGGGCAGCCCCGGCCAUGUCGUUCCGUGAGCUCAGGAAUUUUACGGAGAUGAUGAGGGCUCUGGGGUACCCCCGACUCAUAUCCAUGGAGAACUUCCAUACCCCCAACUUCAUGCUGGUCUCAGAGGUGCUGCUGUGGCUGGUCAGAAGGUAUGAGCCUCAGACUGACAUUCCUUCUGAUGUGGAGACAGAACAGGACCGGGUCUUCUUCAUCAAGGCAGUGGCUCAGUUCAUGGCUACCAAAGCUCACAUAAAGCUGAACACCAAGAGGCUUUACCAGGCAGAUGGCAAUGCUGUGAAGGAGCUGCUGAAGGUCACCUCUGUGCUUUAUGGUGCUAUGAAUACCAAGGGAGGGGAAUGUGCAGACCUGAGUGAGGAAGACAGCACAAAGUUCAAGUUUGAUCUUGCCUCAAAGAUUGCUGACUUGAAGGCAGCCAGACAGCUUGCUUCUGAAAUCAUCUCCAAAGGAGCAAGUCUGUAUGACUUACUUGGCAAAGAGGUUGAUCUAAGGGAAGCAAGAACAGAAUCUAUUGCCAGACCUUUGGAGAUAAAUGAGGCUGAGAAGGUGAUGAAAAUUGCCAUUGGCUGUGUUCUGGAACAAGUCCAAAAGACUAAAGACAUGUUGAAUAACGUGGCUUUGGAUGAAGCCAAUUUGGAAGCCAAGAUUGAGAAACGAAAAUUGGAACUGGAGAGAAGCCAGAAGAGGCUCCAGACUCUGCAGAGUGUUCGUCCUGCUUUUAUGGAUGAGUAUGAGAAGAUUGAGGAACAACUGCAGAAAGAAUACAGUAGCUACAUAGAAAAAUUCCAUAACCUGGCCUACAUGGAGCAGCUCCAUGAGGAUUAUCGACAGACAGAGCAAGAGAUCUUUGAGGAAGCAGCAAACAUGCUGCUCAUGCAGACCAGGCUGAAGGAAGAGGAACAGCACCUGCUUCAGAGUGGGACAGAUAAUGAUUCUGAUGUGGAGAUUCAAGAGGAUGAAGGAUCCAGUAGUGAAGUGGAAGAGCAGGACAUCAUGAGGCAGCACACCACAGAAACACUGCUGAGAGGGAGAGCUGGUGCACGGAUUGUUGGAACAAUGCAGGGGGGAGACACAGAGGAAGAGGGGAGAUCUGCCCCAGCACAGCCAGGCACACACAAGAGCAAGGCACAGGAGGACUUGGGGGACAGUGAGGUUGACCUGGAUGAAGAUGAGGAGGAGGAUGAUAUGGAAGAUGACAGCAUGGAAAUCUCACCCAGCAAAUCCAACCCCCGAGCAAGGAAGCCAGAGCCACUAGAGGAAAGUGACAAUGACUUCUGACCUUCUGCUAGCAGGACCAGGAGGCACCUGAAGUACAAACUUUGGAGAGUGUGCAGGCUAGGAGAUGAUAUCCUCCUGUCUGAGAGGUGUUUGCCAGCAUGGAUUCAGGAUUCAGUAAAUAAACGUUCA